UGGCAGCCGGUUAGUCAGUAUCGAGCGAUCACGCACUACGUUACUGCGAAACCGAUGAAAUGCCAAAAGAAGGAGCUUGACGUCAGUGUCAGCGGUGUAGUAUCGCUCAGUAUGAGCAGACUCACGGCGGAGCCAUUUGUUGUGCGCGAGCGAGCGCAAGCACAAGCUUGUGUACAGUAAAGUUUCAUCUAUAAAGACAAAAACGCUUCAGAGUUAACAAACCAUGUUGGAUAUCGACGAAUGUUACAUUGAGAUUUUGCGGCUCGUGAAGCAAGCUGGUUCGAUUAUCAGGGAAAAAAUUUAUCAACCCAAAGAUGUGCUCACAAAGUCGUGCGAUGUUGAUUUGGUUACAGAAUGGGACCAAAAGGUAGAAAAACUUGUAAUCGAUGGAGUAUUACAAAAAUAUCCUGACCAUAAAUUUAUUGGCGAAGAGACUACUGCUUCAGGCCAGAAGAUAGAAUUAACGGAUGCGCCUACAUGGAUAAUUGAUCCGAUCGACGGUACGAUGAAUUUUGUUCAUGGUUUACCGCAUACAUGCAUAUCAGUUGCGCUGCUUAUUAAUAAAACAGCGGAAAUAGGAAUAGUGUAUAAUCCAAUUCUGGAGCAACUUUUUACUGCUCGCAAAGGAAAAGGCGCUUUUCUCAAUGGUGCUCCGAUUCACGUGUCCGAAGAAAAAGAAUUGCGCAAGGCACUAAUAAUGGUGGAAAUGGGAACAAGUAGAGAUCCGGAAAAAUUGAAAAUAAUGUUACAAAAUAUAACGCUUCUUACAGCACGUGUUCAUGGAUUGCGGUCGCUUGGUUCAGCAGCCUUGAAUAUGUGUAUGGUGGCUCUUGGUGGUGUUGACGUUUGUUUUGAAUUUGGCAUACAUGCAUGGGACAUUGCAGCGGGAGAUCUAAUCGUUCGAGAAGCCGGCGGUGUGUCGAUAGAUCCAGCUGGAGGUCCAUUUGACGUGAUGAGCAGAAGAACGCUGUGUGCAUCAACCAAGGAACUAGCUCAAGAACUUUCCAAAAUAUUAGUUCAGUAUUAUCCAGAACGAGAUUAAGAAGCUUGAAAGCUUUGUAUGGAAGGCAAAGAAUUUACAUUUGCAUGAAUACCAGACGAAUUAAAUCGUUUGAGAUAUUGCAAAUAUUAUUACCUAAAAGCAAGAAAUGUAAAUUAAAAUUGUACUAUUAUAAAAGAUGGUAUCUAUGUAACUUUAUCAGAGAUCCAAAGAACAUUCGUGAAAUUAUCAACUUCUUUUUAAAGCAUUUAAAGCAUUUUGUAGAAUGGCUUAAGGAAUAAAGUGUCAAAUUUAUUUACUUA